AUGGGAGCCUCUCUCUCUUCAGUCUCUGCUCCCACGGUCUGGGCGGAGGCCGUGAUUUCUGCCGCCCCCCCCGCCCGGAUGCCCCAUGCACCAGGAAUGCCCCCCCCCGCAGAGUGCCCCAUGCACCAAGCUCCUCCUCCUGCUGAAGUGCCCCCCCCCGCAGAGUGCCCCAUGCACCAACAGACCCAGCAGCGUCCCCCCCCCCCAGAGUGUCCGAUGCACAAAGCAGACCCAGGACCAGCUCACCAGGAGAGAGCCUAUGAGUUUGUGGCGUGUCCCAUGAAGGGAUCGGAGGAGAAGAGCGACAUCGACCCCUCCAACAUGAUGCCCCCCCCGAACCAGACCCCCGCCCCGGACCAGCCCUUCGACCUGGACCGGAUCAGAGAGGAGUCGACCAUCCCUCGCCACGACUCUGGGAACAAGUGGGUGUACCCGUCAGAGCAGAUGUUCUGGAACGCCAUGCUGCGCAAAGGGUGGCGCUGGCGUGAAGACGACCUCGGAGCUCAGGAUAUGACGAACAUCAUCAAGAUCCACAACACCAACAACGAGCAGGCCUGGCAGGAGAUCCUCAAGUGGGAGGCCAUGCACGCUGGGGAGUGUCCGUGCGGUCCCACUCUGAAGAGAUUUGGAGGCAAAGCCAAAGACUUUUCCCCCAGAGCUCGAAUGCGCCACUGGAUGGGAUACGAGCUCCCGUUCGACCGUCACGAUUGGAUCAUUGAUCGCUGUGGGCGGGAGGUUCGUUACAUUAUUGAUUACUACGACGGAGAGAUCAACAGGGAGAAUUAUCGCUUCUCCACUCUGGACGUCCGCCCAGCCGUCGACUCUUUAGGAGCCGUGUGGGACCGCAUGAAGGUCACCUGGUGGCGCUGGUCCUCCUAAAGAGACACCUGGACACCUGGAGGACACACCUGACGUCCUGAAGGACACACCUGGACACCUGGAGGAGACUUCAGGAAAUAUUACGUCUCCUUUAGGACACCUGGACACCUGAAGAAGACAUCUGGACGUCCUGAAGGAGACGUGAUGUGUCCUUAAGGAGACGUGAUGUGUCCUGAAGGAGACUUCAUGUGUCCUAAAGGAGACUUCAUGUGUCCUAAAGGAGACUUCAUGUGUCCUGAAGGAGACUUCAUGUGUCCUAAAGGAGUCAGGAACAGGAAAUGGACUAAGACAGUUUUGUGUCUCCUUUAGGACACCUGGACACCUGAAGAAGACAUCUGGACGUCCUGAAGGAGACGUGAUGUGUCCUUAAGGAGACGUGAUGUGUCCUUAAGGAGACGUGAUGUGUCCUGAAGGAGAUGUGAUGUGUCCUGAAGGAGACUUCAUGUGUCCUGAAGGAGACUUCAUGUGUCCUAAAGGAGACUUCAUGUGUCCUAAAGGAGACGUGAUGUGUCCUGAAGGAGAUGUGAUGUGUCCUGAAGGAGACUUCAUGUGUCCUAAAGGAGACUUCAUGUGUCCUAAAGGAGACGUGAUGUGUCCUGAAGGAGACGUGAUGUGUCCUGAAGGAGACUUCAUGUGUCCUGAAGGAGACUUCAUGUGUCCUAAAGGAGACUUCAUGUGUCCUAAAGGAGACUUCAUGUGUCCUAAAGGAGUCAGGAACAGGAAAUGGACUAAGACAGUUUUGUCUCAGUUCCUCUGUGCAUCAUAUCCUCUCUGAGAGUGUUUUGGGUUUUGUUGAAUAUUCUGUUCAUCAUGUCUUUCUUUGCUGAUGUUCCUUUAGACUGUUGUAGCUUCAUCUCAUCCGGCAGCUCUGAACCAUCUAGAGAUCAUCUCUAGAGACGUCUCUAAACCAUCUAGAGACGUCUCUGAACCAUCUAGAGAUCAUCUCUAGAGACGUCUCUGAACCAUCUAGAGAUCAUCUCUAGAGACGUCUCUGAACCAUCUAGAGAUCAUCUCUAGAGACGUCUCUAAACCAUCUAGAGAUCAUCUCUAGAGACGUCUCUGAACCAUCUAGAGAUCAUCUCUAGAGACGUCUCUGAACCAUCUAGAGAUCAUCUCUAGAGACGUCUCUGAACCAUCUAGAGAUCAUCUCUAGAGACGUCUCUGAACCAUCUAGAGAUCAACUCUAGAGACGUCUCUGAACCAUCUAGAGAUCAUCUCUAGAGACGUCUCUGAACCAUCUAGAGAUCAUCUCUAGAGACGUCUCUGAACCAUCUAGAGAUCAUCUCUAGAGACGUCUCUGAACCAUCUAGAGAUCAUCUCUAGAGACGUCUCUGAACCAUCUAGAGAUCAUCUCUAGAGACGUCUCUGAACCAUCUAGAGAUCAUCUCUAGAGGUUCAGACCCAGAGGAGAUUCAUCAUCUCACGGUUCAUGAGGCAUAGCUGAUCAUGUGGAAAGGGUCUGAAGGGUCUGAGGUCAGUGCGUUGACUUCAGGAGGGCGUGGUGCAGGGUUUAGAGGCAGACAUGAGAUGUGAUAUUCAUAAUGAUGUUCUAUAAUAACCUGAAACUAAGAGAGUAGUGUGUACGAGCUGAAGGCCUCCUGGAUGUUCUCUACUGUCACGCGCUGUGGGGAGCAGAGCGAGGUCGACUCCUCUCCACUUGGACUCCUGUGACCUCUCAGUUCUGCCUCUAAAGCUGCACUCGCUCACAUCAUGACGGGUAGUGUACUCUCCCUGCAGGGUGUGGAGUUAUAUUAUACAGGACCAGGAGGGAUUCAACAGGAUAACAGGACACAGGGUUAACUCUGAGGAGGUCAGAAUCAGAUAAACUGUAAUACUCUCUAAUGUUUGAGAAGAGCCUUUGAUUGGAUCUGCGUUAUCAGCAUUGAGUCUUUCUUUUGUAUUUAUUAUGUGAGGAGUGGCUGUGUCCCUGUGUGCAGACUCCUUCCUUCUUGGAUGUUAAACAUUUGACCAGCUCUCAACUGAAUUUCAAUAAAGCUGCUCGUCUUUCUGCUUCUGAAUAAA